AUGUCGUUCUCAAACGACAUGUUUUGCUCUGCCGGAGCAUAUCAGAGGUAUUUCGUGUUUAAAAACCGUGGGAUUAUUGUUGAGAAGCUUGUCGAUUUUGAAAACCAAAAAGAUUGUGAGUAUACUUCUGUGAUUACUGAUGCCUUGUUUACUCCCACGGUCUCAAUUAAGUCGGGUUAUGAUAGGGAAGUAGUCAAUGAAUUUUAUGCUAAUCUGGGUGAUACCGUGUUAGUUGAUGGAGGAGUUCUUGUCUUAGUCAGAGGUCACAUUGUGAGGUUCAGUCCUGCUCGCAUCAACAAGUUCUUGAAUCUGUCUGAGUUGAGUUCCAAAGAGAAGAAAGAGGCUGCAGCACUUGACAAAGUGGAGCCUGAUUUCAUUGCCAAUUACCUCAUAGGUGAUGAGACUCAGGAGGCUGUUGUUCAGACCACAAGAAAGCGUCACAAGAAGGCACCAGCCUUGUCUACGAUUCAUCUCUCUCCAAAUUUUUCUGCAUUGGUUAUUUUGGCUGGGUACAACUAG